GGGUUGUAGAGUCUUGGUGGUCUUUCAUCCUCUCUCGCUUCUCUUUAACAAUCAAUCAGACAUUAUAGGGUCGUUUCUCUCCUGUUCUUGGUCUAAUUCUUCUAUCAAAUCUCUCUUUAUCUAGAGUCUAGUCUCUACACAUAUAUCACACAGUUAUGAGAAUCAGGAAACGUUUUUCAUCAUCUUCUCUCUCUUCAUACCCUGACUUAGAUCCCCAACACCACCGGUCACCGGUGGUGCAGCACCACCUACAAGGUAGCAGUAGCAUAGAACUGUACCCACAAUCAAGUCUUCUUGUGUUAGAGGCUAAAACUGAUUCUCAGCCGAUCAAUCCUCCAAAUCGGCCUCUCCCACCGUCCUCCGGUCAGCACACAAUGAUCGGAAUCAAAAAACCCAAAUGGGUUUGCUCUGGUACUGGCGAUGAACAGAAGUCGAACCAAAAGGAAUACCUGGAAGGUGAAGAGGUUAAAGAUGAGAGAUGGAGAGAGGAUGAGAAGAAUAAUGACAUAAGGAAGGGACACAUAAUAGGUGCAGAAGUAGUUGCUGAGGUUCUGCUACCAUCAGGUUCUUCUCAUCAAGUUGGGAGGUGGUGUGAUCGAGAUAAAGUUGUUCCUUUUAAGAAGAGAAUACUCAGCUUCGAAAGGAGUAUGGGAGAAGAGGCGAUAAUGGAUCAUGGGAAGAAGAAGAUGAAGGUUAGAAUGAAGUCGAAAACUAACAAAAAUUGUGUGCUGCAAAAUGGUGAAGAACAACCCGAAGGGAAGGAAACCAAGAACAGCACUAAGAAUAAUGGUGCAAUCGCAAAGAAGUGCAAGAGAGGUAGUGUGAUCAUGGAAGGAUCGCGGUGCAGCCGCGUUAAUGGGAGGGGAUGGAGAUGUUGCCAGCCGACCCUUGUGGGCUAUUCUUUAUGUGAACAUCACUUGGGUAAAGGAAGGCUUAGAAGCAUGGCUAGUGUUCGAAAUCAAACCAUGGAUACAAAUGAUCCUAAUGUGACUAACAAAGAUGAGUCGGAAGAGUUAUCGAGCCCAUUGUUGUCUGAGAAGGCGAAGCAGAGGGAGAAAAGACUGGUACUUGCUGAUAAUGAUGAGGACGGCGGCGAAGACGAGAAUAAGAAGCCAUUGAUGGUGAGGAAGAAGAGGAUGAAGCUCGGGAUGGUGAAAGCUAGAUCUAUAAGCAGCUUACUGAGCCAGACAAACAGUGCAAUGGUAAUAGGUGAUAACAAUAACAAAAACAGCAGCUCGUGAAGGCCAAAAUUGUGUUAUUUCAUGUACUGGGAGAGGUCGCCCGACCGUACCUCGGAGGAUUAUUCCUGGGCAAAGCCUAGGGAUACCUUGGGAAACCGAAAAAAGAACGAAUGUGGUGUUAUGUAGCACCUGCUGCAACCAGAAGUUUGUUGUUUGAGAUUCUUAAUGAAAAAAAUUGUGUUCGACGACUGUUCUUCCUAUAAAUUUGGUUCAAAAUUGGUUUUUAUUUGUAUUGAUAUAAGU